UGCUAUGUUGCCACGAACGAACACUGAAUGUAAUAUCGAUCGUCUUGAACUCUACUGAACAGCCGUGAAAAUGAGUUUGAAAAGUACCCCGAAUAUGUCUAAGCGUGAGAAAUUUCAACUAAUUAACUCUGAAGUGCGUUCUUUUUACGAAUAUUGUAAAGAAGCGGGAAUAAGUGACGAAGAAAUGGAUAUUAUAUGUCGACCUCUGACGAAUGCUGUGCGGAAAGCAUACAUAAGACGUUGGACAAGAUUCUUUUUAUGUAUCAUUAUGGUAUUGGCGUUGGGUUAUACUGUGAGCCAAACGGAUACAUUCCAGUGGCACGCAUCGGCUGCUGCAAGAAUGCUGCUGAUCAAGAUCCUGCCCGUAUGGGACUGGACACCACUAUACUACAACAAGUGCUUGAUAGAAAGAUCUCAGCCGCAGAGUUUGAAUAGCGAUAAUGUUAUAACGCCAAUUGAUUGCAUUUCAUGUGAGGCUGUCAAAAACGUUGCUCGCUUAUCGGACACUAGUUACAGCGAAGUGUUCAAUCAUCAUCUCAUGCGUGGAGCCCCGGUCAUCGUGGUAGAUGCCUAUUACGAUUGGGCUAGCAGCGAGCUAAACCUCACCAGUUUUAUAAGCGAAGACUCAAGACUGCGCGAUUCCGUACCAUGCAGGAUCUUGACGAACAUCAAAAUUGCUCGCCAGCCCAUGGACUUAGAGGAAAUCAUUUCCCGAAUCACCAAUACAGAGAUUCCUAGUUGGUUCGUUCACUUCCAGAACUGCGAUAUCCACGCGGUAAAAACGUUUAGGAUCCUCGCUCCGAGACCGUAUUUCCUUUCCCCCCACAUCCCCCCAUCUCAUUUCAACUGGCUGGUGCUGUCGAAAAACUAUGAUACUCACAGAUACAAGUUUCUAGAGCUCGACGUGGGUCUAAUCAUAAUGUCUCAAUUAAAAGGAAAGUCCUUCGUUCAGUUGAGGCCUCGUGCACCCUGCGAGGAAGACUGUUACACCCUCAACGUAGAAGUGCAAGAGGGUGAAACUCUAGUCUUGGGUAAUUCGCUGUGGGAAUUUGGUUAUUUACCAGGGAAGGGAGAGAAUUUUGCGAUCGUUACCGAAACGGAUUGGGACUAGGCGUAAUAUUCGGGGCUUAAAUAAAACGACUUUAUUAGCUGAUUAAAGGAUAAAAUCGGUAAUUCUCAUUAAAAAUUAGCGGUAUAACGGUUUCAGUUGUUAUAUUAUACAAGCUUAAGUUAUAUAAAGCUCAAAAUAAAGCGGGAGAAACAAAUUAACCAAACAUAAAUAUUACACAUAUCAAACGAAGCUAUGAUUUAAUGUAGAGAAGUAUAUAGUUAGUAAGGAUCACGAAUAAAACGUUAUUAUGCACACUAAUGUUACGGUACAUACACGUUAUGUGUUGUUUUUUUAUUUAUUUAUCGUAACUGUAUAUCGAUUUUUAAUCUAAAUUUAGCAUAUCUUAAAAAGGGACUAAUACUAAAUGGCAAUUAAGUGACAUUUACAUCUUUGGCGCCUUUUUAUAUUUCGGCCAUUUUACGGUGAACUGCCAUUUUGGUUCGCAAUUUCAAUCAACCAUGUGCACCUAUAGAUAACAGAGGAGACAACAAAAUUACCUUGCUUAAUGUGAGAACGUCCUAAGCAAUUUGUAGUCAAGGAAUCUACUUACUUCAUAUAUUGUUUUCUAAUCGUGUAAUUAUAUAAUGUGUCUGACGCACGGCCAUACCUCUGAAAUAACAUUUAACGUGUAUCGUAUUACAUAAAUACAUAUAUUAUGAUAUGAGGCAAGUCCAAUGUGUUUUAUUUG